ACAGGCUGUUCUCAGUCGUGGAGGGAAGCUAACAGCAACCACCGUAACUAGCUACAUGUGGAGGGUGAAACGGGAGACAAACCCGAUCCAUACUGUGUCAAGCAAUCGUCGACCUUGAACGAAAAUAAGGAUUAUAUCUGUUUACAAUGAAAGGUAGCCGGAUCGAGUUGGGGGAUGUUACGCCCCACAACAUUAAGCAGUUGAAACGACUGAACCAAGUCAUCUUCCCUGUCAGCUACAACGACAAGUUUUACAAAGAUGUGCUGGAAGUUGGAGAACUCGCAAAGCUAGCAUACUUCAAUGACAUAGCGGUGGGAGCUGUAUGCUGCAGAGUGGACCACUCCCAGAAUCAGAAAAGACUGUACAUCAUGACGCUCGGCUGUCUAGCACCUUACCGUAGACUUGGAAUUGGUACAAAGAUGUUGAAUCAUGUGCUAAACAUCUGUGAGAAGGACGGCACUUUUGACAACAUUUACCUUCACGUGCAGAUCAGCAACGAGUCAGCCAUCGACUUUUAUCAGAAGUUUGGCUUUGAGAUCAUCGAAACAAAAAAGAAUUACUACAAGAGAAUAGAGCCAGCGGAUGCCCAUGUGUUGCAGAAAAGCCUGCGCAGCCCCACUGCUGCUCCCACCAGAGAGCUGCAGAAGACAGAAUAGGGGAGUACAGCUUUCUGAAAGCACAGAGAUGUACUGCUCCCCACAGAAACAGAACUGUGAAAUACGCUGAGCGUCAACACUUUGUUCAAAACUACAAAUUGCAAAUGGGCCUCAUUUUUUUCCUCAUAUUUUAAUGCUCCCCGUACAGUUCAAAAUACCCGGACAAAGUUCCAAAAGUUCAGUUGGUGAUAAAUUUGCAGGAGGGUUUUAGAUUUGGUGGUGUUGAAGAUGGUGGUGUUUACAAGAACAAGUUCUUUUUGGGUUGUUUUUAUGCAGUUCUAAAAAAAUUGCUGGUUUCUAUUCUUGUGUGGGAAAAUGUUGAUUUGAAGCAUGAUUGACAUAGUUCCAGAAAUCGCCAUCAGUUCUGGGACAAACAAGAACAAGACCUGUGUUGAAUAUCUGAGGGCACAAGAAACGGUUUUAAGCUGAUGCAAAGAAGUAGAUGACCUUAUUUCUGGCAAACAUUUCUGGUCAUUCGAAAACCUAUUCAAAGUGUUGAUUUUAAUUUUGACUUUGCUACAGCACAUGGUUCAGCGGUUCCCCUGGGUUUGAGUGAAAACCAAUCGGAAACGCUGAACAUGGAAUUGCAACUGUAAGAGUUUCUUCUGAACCGAGACAUCUUGUAUACCUUUGGCAUCUUAUGCAACCUUGUCAAAAUCAGCUUCUCGUCAGGGUGAGCAUUGGGCCUUAACUAUUGACACCUUGUUCCUCAAGUUCACGUUAACAACGGAGGUGUACCAGAAGAAACUCUGACGCCAAUGCAUGUGUAGAGGCUCAAGUUCUCUAUUGUAGUAUAAGCAUGUUUUUCUUUUCUUUGAAGAAUUUUAUCUUUUCUGGAGCUCUAUAUUGUAAGACUUUUUAACGUCUAAAUAAAGGAAUUACUAUUUGCA